UGAUUGUCACUGAAAUGUUAGUGCUUGAAUGUGUAACCUGAAGCACCGACCAAUCACAACGCUUAAAAACUUCCACGUCUGAGACCAGGUUUUUAACCUCGAAAUUUGAGUAGAACUCCACUGAAGCUUGUGGCAUGAUGUCAUCAAUGACCUCACAAAACAGUUCUGUUCUCAGGUGUCACUCAGAACCCUGGAAGAAUCAGUCAGCUGCUUUGAAUCCAAGAGAAACGUGGUGAUUUUGCUUCAUCUGAGAUUUAAAGUUGUCGCCCGUGAUGUCUGAAUAUGAGUUAGACUUAAACGCUUCACUUAUUCUCGAAAAUGUGAAGCUCAGUCGUGAGGUGGAGGAUCUGAAAACGCUUCAGAGCGUAGUGAAGGAGAACCUGGAGCUGCGCUCGAGGAUGGACGGCUUCUCGACCGGAGAUAAGACGAUGGAGAAAAGCGAGCUAAGCGCAGGGAAGAAAUCCACGCUCCAGUUGAGUGACAGUUUUGUGGACGAGCACGCGUUCAGAUCCGGUCUUACGCCAUCUCAUCACAUGUCAUCUCUCAGAAACCCAGACAGCAGACCUGCGAAUCCCGAUGCGUCGUCCUCCUCGUCCUACCGGGCGGUAAUAGAGCCUGAGCGCUUGAUGGGAGAAAUCGCCUUUCAGCUGGAGCGCAGGAUCCUCUCUCACGUCUUCUACAAACAGAGGAGACUGUACGGCUUCACGGUGCACAACAUACAGGACAAGAUCAUACAGGUGUCUACACAUCCUCUGACAGGAAAGGUGGAUGAGGCGUACAGGUCUGAGAUCACCGAGCGCUAUGUAGACCUGAUGGAUCGGCUCAGCGCUUUGGGCUACAACGUGAAGCUCCAUCCUCUCUUCACCGAGUUCAUCAUCAACACCUACGGCAUCCUAAAGGACCGACCGAACGCACACGUGGCCCAGGAGCAGGACUACAACGACCUGGACGUACUGAGGUGUGUGAUGUUGGAGACGAUGCCUUCCAGCCUACUGAAAGACAUGCUGGUCCUCUUCUGCUGCCUGGGCUACAUGGUGAAGAAGGACAGAAAGCCGGUCAUCCUGUGGUAGCGCUACACGCUAGCUCAAUUUCUCUGUGCUGCUAAAUAAACUGAGGUCAUAUGGCAAUUAUCA